AUGCCAAAAACGUUCUCUGUGUAAGCAGCAGCUCACUCUCACAAAUGGAGGAAACGGCGCUGUAAAAAGACCACACUUUUGUAAACACAAUCAUAUUAUUGUCAACGGCUAAAUACAGGAAUUUCAAUGUCAGUGGCAAAUGCUAAACAGACCAUUCUCAAUCCGACAGUUCCCUUCACAGAGAUCAUACCGGGUGGUCUUCUCCUUGGAGAGAUGAUUGUUAUUCAGGGAUGUGUUAGUAAUGAUGCUGACAGGUUUCAGUUUGAUCUGACAUGUGGCAGCAGCACUAAGCAACCGGCAGACAUUGCCUUUCGCUUCAAUCCGCACUUCAGUUCUCCACGGAUUGUGUGCAACUCCUUACAACAUGGAAGCUGGGGCAGAGAGGACAAUAUGGACCUGAUGCCUUUCAAACAGGGAGCAUUCUUUGAGACCAUCAUCCUGGUGCUCUGUGAUGUUUUCAAAGUGGCUGUAAACGGUGCUCAUGUUUUGGAGUACAAGCACAGAAUUCCUCUUGAGAGGGUUGACACAUGUUCAGUCUCUGGAAAAGUAGAAAUACAUGCAAUCAGCUUUGUCCCUGAUUCAGCUGUAUUUUCAAAAUCAGAUGACCUUAGCAUACCCUACAAAGGCAGUUUACUUAGAGGGCUCACUCCAGGGAAGCAAAUAACAAUCAAAGGGCAUAUCAGUUUAUUCCCUCACAGUUUCACUGUUAACCUGAGGUGCAGUCGAUCAUACAACAUUGCUCUACACCUCAACGCACGUGUCAAAACAGGCAUGCUCAUCAGGAACUCUUUUCUUAGCCAGUCAUGGGGCCUGGAGGAAUGUGAACUACCAUACUUUCCUUUCUCUGCUGGAAACUACUUUGAGAUGAUCAUCCUGUGUCAGUCUUAUCAGUUUAAGAUUGCAGUAAACGGAUCACACCUACUGGACUACAGACACAAGGUUCAAAACUUUAGCUCCAUUGACCAGCUGGAGAUUCUGGGUGAUGUGGAACUGCAGAGCAUUCAGUUGUGGAUGUGAUGGAUUCAAAUGUGAGGGAAACACUUCAGAAGUGGAACCUUGAAACAUUAAUUUCAAAAACAAAGCUCCAGGCCAUGUCACCGCCACACCAGAGUCAGCUCCAGGCCAUGUCACCGCCACACCAGAGUCAGCUCCAGGCCAUUUCACAGCCACGCCUCAGCUUGCUCCAUGCCAUGUCACAGCCACGCCUCAGCCUGCUCCAUGCCAUGUCACAGCCACGCCUCAGCCUGCUCCAUGCCAUGUCACAGCCAAGCUCCAGACUGCUCCGUGCCAUGUCACAGCCACGCCUCAGCCUGCUCCAUGCCAUGUCACAGCCAUGCCUCAGCCUGCUCCAUGUCAUGUCACAGCCAUGCCUCAGCCUGCUCCAUGCCAUGUCUCAGCCAAACUCUUGACUGCUCCAUGCCAUGUCACAGCCAAGCUCAAGACUGCUCCAUGCCAUGUCACAGCCAUGCCUCAGCCUGCCCCAUGCCAUGUCACAGCCAGGCUCCAGAAUGCUCCCUGCCAUGUCACAGCCGAACCGCAGUCUGCUCUAUGCCAUGUCACAGCCGAACCGCAGUCUGCUCCAUGCCAUGUCUCAGUCAAACUCUUGACUGCUCCAUGCCAUGUCACAGCCAAGCUCCAGACUGCUCCAUGCCAUGUCACAGCAGAACCUCUGCUCACAAGUUUUAUUCAAGUCAAGUUUUGUUUGUGUCAAGUCUAGUUUAGUCAUGUUUCUAGUUAGGAUUUUUGGAUCUCACU